AUGGUAAGACUGGAAUUUGAACGAGAAAAAGCCAAGAUGUCACAGGACCUUAAUGCUCUUCAAGAGGAAAAUUACGAGCUGAAGAUUGAUGUUCAAAUUGAAAGAUCUAAAGCCGAGAAAGUGCAAAAAGAAGUUGAAGUCGUAAGAAAUGACUUAAGGGACCUUCAUCUGGAAAAUAAGAAGUUAAGAGUCACUAUCAAGAAUAGUGGGUUGGGCAAGUCGUCGGCAGAAUGGAAGGAAAAACUAAACAAUAUCAGAGGAGGAAUGGAAUUUUGGAAAGGAAGAGCGAAAAAAGAAGAAGAAAAGGCUGCGCGGGCUAUGAUGGAGCUAAGAAAAAAGAACGUCGAAUAUGAAGCUGUGUCUGCCGAGGUAAUGACUAGUCGAUCUAAACGUCAAGAACUAAAAGAGAGGAUACGUGAUUUAGAAGACAUGCUGCAAGAUCGUCAACAACAGCUAGAUACUCUCUUGGAGGCUUUGGAAGAAAAGAAUACCAUACACGUGGUACAACUAUCAGAAGAAGCUGAAAUUCUCAUAUGUCAAUUCCCUCCAAGUCGAAGAUCAAACAUAUCAGAAUUCUUAGCACGAGUAAAAAAAUAUAGCGAUAUAGCUAGGAAUUGUGACACUACAAGCCUGGAAUCACGUCACUCAUAUAGGACGCGUCGACAAGUUAGAGUGAUGGAGGUUAAAUUUAACGAAAGGAUUGAGAGGAUGGAAAGAAUACAAAGGGAAUUACAGGAGCAGUUGGCAAAGUCACAACAAGAAACCAGAGAUCUGAUGGCGAGAUCUCGAGAAGAAUCGCUAGAACAAAAGGACCAAAUGUCCAGGAUGAUGGAAAUCGGCUCUGGUAAAAGGAAAGGGACCUAUGAACCUUGA